AGUAUGACAGCGCUUCAAGCUUGUUUACCAUAUGGCUUUCCAGCUGAUUGUCAGUACACAAAUUUGUAGUUUAACACAGUUCUAAAUAUUUUUAACUGAAAUGGAUAAAGGUAUUAGAACUCUGGGAGAUGGUAUGGACAAUGCCGUUUUGCAUGCACCAUUGACUGAAACACUGGAAUCUGUAGGCAGCUUGAUAUUAGAUAAAACCAAAGUAAACCACAUUUUAAAUGGCCUAAAGCCAAUCGAGGGUAAGAAAUUGUACAAAUUAGUGCCUAAAUAUACCCCAAAGGAGAAAAAAGCCACGAAGUACCUUUUCAAGAAGCCCAAAGAUCCGAAAUUUGUUCCUUACGAACCAUACAAGGCAGCUGUAAUACCCAUUGUAACUAAUGAAUUUCCAAAUAAGGGAAAUCUGAAAGAGCAGAAACUGUCAAAGAACAAUAUUGCCAUUCAUCAACUGGCUCAUCAGUUAACCGAAAUGAGGAGAGCUGAAAUGGAAAAAUUGGAAGAGAUCAUUGAACCAGAAGGUCAGUAGGAAUAAUAUUGUGUACAGAAAAAACCUGUUUGAGGAGCUAAGUUUUGACACAUGUUUUCAUCUAAUAUAGGAGCAAUGAAACUAAAACAGCAGUGGGAUAGAGAACGAGAAAACUAUGAGACCGACAUCAAGAACUUGCGUGAGACAAAUACUCACUUAGAGAACCAGCUAAAGUUCCAGGCACAGGUUAACAGUGAACUCAAAACACUAUUAGUAGCAGCUGUAGGCGAAGACCUUGAAACUAGAGUACAACAUUUGACAGAAGAUAAGCUGUCAUUGGCAAGGGCGUUACUCAAUUCUGCCAAUCACCUUACAUCACAUCAAGAGCAGACUGAGUGGUUAUCUGGGCAGUGUGAGGUGUGGAAGAGCAAGUUCUUAGCAUCAAGGUUUGAAAACGGUUUAAGAAUUUUUAUAGAUAUACACUGAAAUCUCCUUUGAACGGACAACAAUGGGCCUGACUGAAAGUGUCUGUAUAUAAAUGUUUUUAAAAUAAACUUUAAACUUGAGAAAAAAGUUUGAUGGUGGAGGAGCUUGCAAAAUGGAAAUCAGCGCUGUCAAACAGAUUGAAUGAACUGCAAGAACUUUUAAAGAUACUUCUAGAUGAACGGGGCAAAGUCAGUUCGAACUGCGCCCGAACUUUUGUUAACCUCAAGGCAGUUAGUAAACAGGUGGCAGCUGAUAAAUGUGAUAACAUGAAUUUAAAGUACAGAAAUGUUCUGGAACUGGCUAGCAUGAAUAGAGAUUUGAGUCAGAUCUUACUUGAUGCCUUAGAAGCAAAUCCUCAAGAUUACCAAAUGGUAGUUGAUAAAAUUACACCAACUAUGGCUGAAAAGAAAGCGGAAAAACUAUUGCAGAAUCCAGUAAUGAUCACUAAUAAACCAGAUCUGCUAUGUAAUGCAGUAAUGGGUGCAGCGACUUCAUUAGGACAAGAUAUGUCACACCAAGAAGUAUGCAUUCACAAUUGUUGCUCACAUUGCAAGGGAGAAAUACAGAAUAUAUGACGAUAAGACUGCGAAGUAGCUGCUAUACUUUUUUUUAUUGUUUUUUCCAAUUUUCAUAUUAAAUUGUUACUAAUAAAAGAGUUACCAAUGCUA